GAAGAAGAUCCCACCGCGGUUGCGACGUGUACGCCCCUGAUUUGGUCUGAUCACAUCCGCACCGGAAGAUCCAUUGACCACCAAAAGUUCUCCGGCUGCUUCCUCUCCCUAUAAAUCGCCAAACCCUUUCAUCAUACCUGCGCUCUGUGAUCCAAAACCUUCUCCUUCGCCUCCUCUGUAACGAUCCUGUCCGUUCUAGUGCGGAUCUGCCCUGCUAGGCGGAGCUGUUUAUAGCCAAUCGCCUCCUGAUGCGGGGCUAAUUCUGGGUUUUACGCCACUUUCCGGAAGAUCCAACCCCCUGUUUAUUUGUCAUCUUCAUUUGUAGCGUCUUGAUCGUUCCUUGAUUCUAGGGUUUUGCCGAUCAUUGAAGUACUGGGUUUCGAAGAGCACCGACCAUGCCUUCGGUGCGCCUUGACCCCUUGCUUCAGCUUUUUCCUUCUUUUGCCUAUUUGCGUGGCGGGUCGUGGUCUCAUCGUCUGAAACGUCUCGAAAAAGGCGAUUGGCGCGGUAGUCUUAGUUAACAUAGGGUCUCUUUCGAACUUUUCGGAUUCUUUGUUAGCGCCUUUCGUUUUUUUUUUUUUUUCCCGUGCUUCCGUGAAUUUGAGAUCGAGUGUAUGCGAAUUUUGGUUGGUGGACGAGGUCAAGAAAGUUCGGUAUUGUUCCUACUGCGUUUAGGUUCUAGUUGGUCUUGUCUUGGAGGAAGCCUUCAUCAUAAGAGUUUUGAUGAUCAAAGGCAAUGCACCUGUAGAGAUGUUGAAGACAAGUCGAUUGAGGAUCUUGGAGACACACUUAAUGAGUCUUUUCAUAUUGAAGAUGCUCAGAAUGAGAAACAUCUCGAUGUUCCUCAUAAGGAUGAUAUUAAUCAUGUAGAUAAUGGAAUUAGUGAUGGGGAGCUUAAGAUUUUUGAAACUGAACCUGUGCCUGUAGCUUCUCAGAAGUGCUUCUGCAGGUGCAAAACAAUUCCUCCUUCCAGUAAGAUGUCAUCUUGUUCUGCAUUUUCUGAUGAAGGCGAAGAAUCUGGUUCCAAAUUGCAGGAAAACAGCUCUGCAGAAUAUUCUUGUACCACGGACUUGCGCACAAUGGCUUUGCCUACUCCUUUGAAGCUUGUUUCUGCAAUGAAAGGUAGCCGUGAGAGACAGGGCAUGGAACCGAAGAAACUAACUGUGACAUGGGCGCCUGAUGUAUAUGAUCCACGUCCCACAUCGUUAUCACAUGUCCCAAAAAGCAAAGGCCAGCAACGGUCUAAGAACAACAAUAAGAAGAACGGAAAGAACAAGCAAAAGGGCAAGGCUUCACGCGGAAGUGGCAGCAAAGACAAGAAGCAAUUUCGCAAGAUUAGUGCGAACUCGGACUUGUGUUAUAAAUCUCUGGAUGCUAGAGAUCGAUUGGUGUACCAUGAUGAUUUUGGUGAUCCUGAUGAAAUGGAAUUUGUUGUUGGCAGCCCAGACCCGUACUGUGGAAGUAGCUUCCUCAAAAAAUCGCUUGGGAAGGUGCACAUGUCAGUUGCAGAGGCUUUAUGAUAGAGCUUUGUUUUCUACAUUGGACGCAACUAGUUUCCUGCUACUGUGCCUUUAGUAGAUAAAUAAGCAAGGUUGUUGAUGGGUGUACGAGUUGUUUGAGGGCUUUGUAAAGAGAUGGAGUAAAAACUUUUAUAUCUCUGGGUAUGUGCUUGUCUGGGUGAAAUGCUGUUCUUCCCUACCCGGCUGUUUCUUAAACGACGACUGGACUGGUGCAUCUAAUAUAUGUCUCACUUAAUUUUGGUUGGACAGAAA